UGACGCUGAGUUUAUAAAAUUCUUUUAACGUUUCGGACGCACGAACAAAAAAAAAAGCGGAUACUAGUGCAAAUCUGGACAAAAUGAUCCAGCAAAAUAGCUUCUAAAUUAAUUUCCACCGCGUGCGAUCCGGCCGAGUGACGCCUCCGCGUGGGCCAGCAAGAUUUUAAUUCAGAACCAGAAGACCACGACUUCCACUGUGCAGCGUUCUGCCCAUUGGAAUUCCCCGAUAUCCUGGCAAAGCCUCUGGUUAAUGCCAGAUUUUGAAGUGUGCGCGUGCAUUAACUAAAAAACCAAGAAAACUGGCGAAAACCAGCGAUAAAGUGUCCUCGUUCUUCGUGAGCAUGGACGAGGAGGAGGAGGAGGUGACAGAUUUGAAGCUGCAAUUGUUCCACAAUACAGUACGCGAGCACAUUAUAUUCCUGCUACUAGUCAUCUUGCUGUACUUUAGCUCGUAUGUCGUUGUCUCACGUUUUCGGCGGCGCGAUCGUGAUGAUCUCUAUUCAAACGACGAGGACGAGGUGCUGGUCUAUCGCAUAAGCUUUUGGCUCUGCACCUUUACCCUGGCUGUGGCCGAAGGUGCCGCCAUGCUGCUGCCCGUGUCGAUAGCCAGCAAUGAGGUGCUGCUACUCUACCCAAACAGCUACUACGUGAAGUGGCUCAACAGCUCCCUCAUACAGGGUCUUUGGAAUCAUGUCUUUCUGUUCUCCAAUCUGUCUCUGUUCAUCUUCCUACCGUUUGUAUAUCUGUUCUCCGAAUCCACGGGAUUUGUGGGCCACAGGAAGGGCAUCCUGCCGCGCGUCUACGAGACCUUUACAGUAUUCAUGCUGAUGGCCGUUAUUGUCCUGGUACUUACUGCCGUUUUAAGCGCAGUCUUUGGCAUUGAAAAGUUUCAAUUCUUUUGGUUUCUAAAUUUGGGCAGUGUUCACCUGCCGUUUCUUUAUUCGUGUGUCUCGUUUCUGGGCGUGAUGCUUAUGCUGAUUUGCACCCCCUAUGGCUUUGUGCGUCUGUUUGGCGUUGUUAACAAUGUCCUGGUGCGACCCAUGCUGCUACGCGACGUCAACGAGGAGUUCAGCGCCUUCUACAUGGAGGAGGCUAGCGUUAAAAGGAAGCUGGCUCACAUUGAGCUGCAAAAUGUGAGCAUCUCAGAUGCUACGGCCAAUGGUGGUCGCUUGGGCAACGGGCUAACGCGCUCCUUUGCCCAUCAGCCACUGUUGCAGCAGUCGCUGGCCCAUCUCUACCAGCGCAAGGCUAUGGUCAGCGAUGCGGGCGAGCAGCAGCACCUGCUCAACGAAAGACUGAGAGAACUGGACUCCGAGCGGAAGGAGUUGGAUAAGUUGCGAAAGUCGAGCACCUUUCAGCGAACCUUUGUUUACCCGCUGGCCAUGCUGCUGCUGCUAUUCUGCACGGGCGUUACCAUUCUGCUUGUGGUGCAAAAUACGCUAGAGCUACUCAUAGGCAUUAAAGCGCUGCCGCUGAGCACGAGGCAAUUCACGCUGGGCAUUUCAUCGCUGUCGAAGCUGGGACCUUUUGGUGCCGGCCUCGAGGUGUGUCUCAUCUUCUACCUGGGCGCCACCUCCGUGGUGGGCUUUUACAGCAUGCCCUUUAUGCGAAACGUCCGCCCCAAGCGGCGCCAAACGUCGCUUCCCCAACUGAUGCUUAACUGUGGCUUCAUGCUGGUUCUGUCCUCGGCGCUGCCACUGCUCAGCAGGAUUAUAGGCAUCACCAACUUUGACCUGCUGGGCGACUUUGGGGCCAUCGAGUGGCUGGGCAACUUCCAGAUUGUGCUGCUCUACAAUCUCGUCUUUGGCACCACCACGGCUCUGUGCCUGGCCAACAAGUUCACGGCAACGGUGCGCCGGGAGCUGCGAGCGCGGUUAGUGGAGAACUAUUUGCUCUUUACUAACUACAUGAGCUUCAUCAACUGAUAUUGGCGCAAGCGACACGACAAUGCGUCUCCGUACGCCCGUCACCUCAUGAGGCGCCUUGUCGAGUCGCCGCUGAAGAGCCUAAUUAGUUUCUAUGCUAAUUAUAGUAAUCUUAGUCGUAAGCGCAGUCGCAAUACCACCGCUAGUCGCAAGGCAAACGAAAUGAACUGUUGAGUAGGAGUAGGCGAGGCAGCUGGAACUAUAUAAUAUACCUUUACAUAUGUUAUAUGAUCACGUGUAGUUGUGCAGAACUGAUACUGAUAUUUGAUAUUUAAAUUGUGCGUUCCUUGCUGUUGGGCUUAACCGUUGUACUUUACCAGGAUAUGUAUUCACAGAUCAAUCUCGCAAACGAACUAAAACGAAAAUUGAGAAUUUAAUAGUGCAACUUGUAGUAGCCGCAGUCCAAGCGUUCGCAGUGUAGAUGUAGGACAUAUUAUCGCGUGUAUUUCGAAUCAUCUUGUCGGUCACAGAGUCAAGUGUUUUAUUCCAUUUCGUACAUGUGUCUUUCGCUAUUUAUAUAUACAUCCGUGUAUCUGUGAGUUAUUUUAUUUAUUUAAGACUCUAACAAUGUUCCUUAAGCAGUGCGCUCAGACUGAGGAGGCGCCUUCAUUUCAUAUUACCGCAUACUCGGCUCUGUAACCAAUAUUCACCCAAUCACACACUUACAAGCGUCUACAACGUAUGUGAUAAAUAUUAAUAAUAAACGAAACAUUUUACUAAUUUAA